UACACAGACUGCGAGGCAUCCAGACCGAAAUGGCGGCUGAAUGGAAACAGAAGUGUGAUUCAGAAUGGGCUUUGGGGGCUAACGGUGUCCCCAUGCCUGAUGGUGUGGACUGGAAAUAUGUUUGUGAGAAGAAGCCGUUUGAGCGGAAUCUGCUCCAGAACCCAUCGCCGUACGGUGUGAGCCACAAGACCCCACCACCUGAACAUCCUGUUACAGGAGUGCCACCUCCGAGUCACCAACCACCCAGGUUUGAGCCAGAGGGUAAUUUCUCUGGCUGGAGCACCAGUACAGAGGUCUUGCCUUAUGACACUAGUGGGAUUCCCCCCGGAGUUGUGAUCUGCCACUUGCCUCAGCACAGGUGGUUCUCUUUAGAGCAACGUGUGGACCUGAAGGCAGAAGGUCUGUGGGACCAGGUGCUGGAUGAGUUUCAACCAGAGAUAGUCAUUGAAGACUGGUAUGAGGAAAGCCAGCUUCAUAAAUAUAUCUAUGUGCUUGAAGUGAAGCUCUUGGGCGCUGAUGGUAAGACAGUCAUCAAAGAGCACACCUGUAGCCCUGAAGAAGAUCUGGAGUGUUAUUCACACACUUGGAAAAAGGUCUCCCAUGUAUUCUCAAACUAUGGGCCUGGGGUGAGGUACAUUCACUUCCUCCACAAACUGAAGAACAAGUUCAUGAUUGAAUUUUUUAAUACCAAGGUUACAGACAGCUCAAUUGUGAUCAAGGUCACCAAAUCAGUGUAAAAUGGGCCAUCACGGUGAGGAAAAUAAUGAGACGUGAGGCACUUCACAGAUAACACUUUUGAAAAUAAAAAUCGCUGUUGUUUGUAUGUUGUUGAAAUGUUUUCAUACAUUGACAGCACAUGUAUCCAGCACCUUAUCAGUGCAAUAAAACAGAAGUGGUCAUCAUU